UAGGAUACAAAAAGGGAUUUAAUCAGUGAAAUAAAAGUCUAAAAAGUUAUGUGACAAUGCUUCGAUAGGCAAUUGUGUAAGAAACUGUCAGUUACAAGUACUUUACUGGUGGGAACUGAAAGUGGUGAGUGAAUAGAGACGGUCACAAAGAUGCGUGUGCGCUGGUGGCGCGCCGUGGUGCUUUGCACAUGCGCCCUUGUGCUGCGCAGCGACGCUCUGCCUCCAGCCACCCUGGGCGAUGUCGUCGCCAACGCUGCUACCAGUCUCAACUCUAUGAAGGUGACGGGAGCAUGGCGCCGCCUCUCAAGUACGGUCAGCGAGUCAGUGGGUCUGAAGCACGCGUUACGUCGGCUGCAAGCGGUACCUGCGCGCGCGGCUCGGCUGGUGCAUGCACUGGUAGACCGCAUGCGCGUCGGCGGCGGACCCAUUGUGUUCACGCAACUCGGGGCUCUGCGUGGCCGCAAGCUCGUCACUAGGACCACUGCUCAAACGCCAUACUAUAGCUUUAAGGGCAUAAGGUAUGCUCAACCGCCUCGAGGGUCGUUAAGGUUCCGGCCACCUGCCCCUUUGGAGCCAUGGUCGGGAAUACGGGACGCGCUGGAGGAAGGCGCAGUGUGCCCUCAUCGGUUUAUGCUCUUCGACACCUACAAAGGAGACGAAGACUGUCUCUUCCUCAACGUGUACACUCCGGCACUCCCUGAUAAAAUGUCUGGGUACAAUCCAAAGUUAGCAGUAAUGGUCUGGAUCCACGGAGGUGCCUUCGCUAUGGGCUCCGGUAACGCAUUCCUGUACGGGCCAGACCAUCUCGUCGGUGCAGGAGUAGUACUGGUCACGCUCAAUUAUAGGCUUGGUGCACUUGGAUUCUUGAGCCUUGAGAACGAAGAAGUUUCUGGAAAUAUGGGCCUGAAGGACCAAGUGAUGGCUCUGAAAUGGGUGCGGGACAACAUUGAGGCGUUUGGCGGUGACCCGGCACGCAUCACCAUCUUCGGCGAGUCAGCGGGGGCUGCCUCCGUGCAUCUACACAUGUUGUCACCCGCCUCACAGGGCUUGUUCCAUGGUGCCAUUGCGCAAAGCGGUGUGGCGUUGGCUCCUUGGGCACUUGCGCACGAACCUCGCGCACGCGCCUUCGAACUGGGUAGAGAGUUGGGCAUCGACACCAACAACACCGCUGAACUGUUGGGCAACGAGUUGCUCGUCAAAGCGGGGGCUCGAUUGUCAAGCGCCCCGGGCAAGUCUGCUGACCUGCAGAGUACCGUGGCACUGCCCUUCUUACCUACAUUGGAACCCGAAGGACCUGAUGCAUUCCUUACCAAGCCUCCCAAGGAAACUCUACCUGGCGCUGACGUUCCCUUCCUAACUGGAUACAACGCACAGGAAGGCAUUAUACUGUUUCGACGUCUCCAGCGUUACCCGAAGUUGCUGAGCGAGCUGGAGCAGGAAUUCCGUCGCGUGGUGCCGCCGGAGCUGUUAGGGCAUAAUGAUACCAUCGUCGACAAGAUAUCAGACUCAAUCAGAGCAUUCUACUUCCAACAGAAGCCGAUCGACAAUAGAAAUAUUGACAGCCUUAUUGACUUAUUCACAGAUGUAAUGUUCCUCCGACCUGUUCUGGAGACAGUCCGCCAGCAGGUAGAGAGUAAUCGGACGAGUCCUACGUACUUGUACCGAUUCGCUUUCGACGGAGCCCUGGGACUCUUCAAGCGUAUGCUAGGUAUCACGCACGCCGGCGCCUGCCAUGGCGACGAGAUGGGAUACCUGUUCUAUUUCUCAAGACUUAACUACAGAUUGGAUGAUGACUCCCCCGAGCUGGCUGUCUCACGGCGCAUGGUACAAAUGUGGACGAACUUCGCCAAAACCGGGAACCCAACGCCGAGUGUGGACUACGAAUCUGUAGUCGACUUCACCUGGCCUCAAGUCAACAACACUGAACAUGUUAGCUAUCUCGACAUCAACGGCAACUUCACCGUACAGUCGGAUCCCGAAGCGAAGAGAGUAAAGUUCUGGAACUUUCUAUACGAGAACUAUGCUGCCAAGCAGGAGUCCGCUAACUCAACUGUAGGUGACCAGUGAAAUAGUACAAUAAAGUGACAAGUGAACCUAGGUUUUGAGACGCUCUAACUGCCAGUGCGACUUGUGCACAAAUGCCACUCAAUUUUAAAGUAGCAUUUUAAAAAAAAACCUCUUUCUUUUAAAAAAAAGACAGUAAAUUAUGAAGACAGCAUAACAUUCAUUAGAGUUACUUAAAAUCGAGUAGCGUUUCAGUGUUCGGCCCAGAUCAUAAACACUCUCUCUUAUCACCAAGUGCCAAAUCAAGAUAUGAAUUCUGUUAUAGUGUGAUCUCAAGUGCUGGCGGCAAACAGUAGCGAUUGAUGGAGAACCAAGCAUUCAGGAAUAUGAUAAAAUGUGUGAAUGUGUUCGUUUCUUAAGACUAUUCGUGAACUUUCUCUCGUAACGCUUAUUCCAAUUCCUAUGAAGGAAAUGGAAAAUUAGCCACUUUACUAACUUUUAACUGCGAUGUAAAUAAUAGAUUUAUUUAGAAUUAAGUAUUUUAUAUAAUUAUGUAUUACCUUUGGAAGUGUCAACGUUGAGUUUACCAUUUCUAGAAUAAAC